AUGACGAGCGUCCUCGUGGCCCUCGUCGCCGCGACGGAGCUCGGCGUGCUGAUGACGCCCGAUCUGAACGUCGCGAUGCGCAGCGUCGGGCGCUGCGCGUCGGACGCGGGCAUGGGCUCGCGCUUCGCGAUCUUCACGCAGGGCGUCGACGAGGAGAACCGGGCCUUCAACUACGCCUCUCUCGCCAAGGUCGUCGCGCCGGCGCUCUCGGAGAUCGAGGCCUUCUCGCGCAAGAUGGUCGGGCCGGCCUUGCACGCGAGCGUGCGGGUGUUGGUGAACGGGCCGACGAAACGGGCAGCCGACGCCCUCGGCCGGCACGCGGACAAGCGCAUGUGGCGGAAGAAGUACCCGUGGCUCAAGCAGGUGAGACUGAUCGUCGCGACCGCGGCGUGCAUCGUCCACUUCACGAUCAUGGUCAUGGACGACAAGGGCCGGGCGGUCCCUUCCUUCGGCGUCUUCGCGUCCGUGUUCAAGGACGUCGCGGCGUACGAGGCCUACUUCCUCGUCGCGACGUCGGCCGGCCAGGCGGCCGUGGGCUACAUAAACGUCAAGGGGAAGCGCCUCGCCCUCAAGGUGUUCCACAGGAUCGUCGGCAUCGACUACUGGCGCAACGUCCUCGUGCUCACCUGGCUGGUGAACGACGACCAGGAGGCCGACGAGACGCGCCGCCGGCUGAAAACGCACCUCCUCGACGCGUCGGCGCUGCCGGAGUCGACGCUCGUGGCCCCCAGCCCCGAGGCGCUCCGGGCGUGGCUCCUGCGGCACAAUCGAUCCGAGUACGUGGCAACGGGCGAGGCGGCGCGGCUCGCCACAAACCUGCGCGCGCGCGGCGGCGCCUAG